CCUAAACCUCUGCAGCGCUGGUCCCGCCUCCAGUUCAAACCUCCCAGUAUGUCUUCAUCAUCAAAAGCUCCAAAGCAGAGAAAGGUACUCUGUUUUAAGCCGGAGAUAAAGGAGGAAACGAAGGAGUGGGAAUAAGACGGUCUGGACAAGAAAAGGGGGUCUAGGGUGGGAGAAUCGGCCACAGAGGACCUGAAACUACAAGCGGGGGGGAAAGUGAAACAAGGCAAGAACAAAAGAGACCAAAUCAGGGCAGAACUGUGGGGGGAAACAGGAGAGAAGUCACAAAGGAGAGUAGUAAAUCUAGAGACUUUAGAUGAAAGGACGUGCAGGAAAAGAGGAAUAAGAAAGCGAGAAGAGCAGAAAGCAACACUUUCAAAACACCAUUGAAAGCGAAAGACUGAGAGCGUGACGUGCCAUCAGCCUGCUGGAACAGACCCACAGAGAAAGAUGCACACCUUCCUGGUGCUGGGCUGCUUUGUCUUCGCUGUAACACAGUACUACCUAGGCUCGGCUCACAUGAUCCCUGAUGACAGACUGUCAACCAAUAGGGUCGUUGCUUCAAAUGCUUUGUCUCAAAGCCUUCAGAUAGACACGCCUCCUGUUGUUAUUGUGGAGCUGACAAAAUCUGCAAAGAAGAAAGAAAAAGCAAAAAAGCCUAAAAAGAGCAAAUUUGUGAAGAAGCGCCCUCCUCCCCCCGCAAACUGCGUCCCCCUCUGGGGAAGCUGUAAAUCAGCAGGCAAUGUGUGCUGUGAUGUUUGCGCUUUCUGCCAGUGUCGGCUCUUCAAAACCGUGUGCUUCUGCAGAAUGGGUAACCCCCGCUGCUAAACGAGCAGCUGGGGGGGCCUUCAAAGCUCCUCAUCACCGCGGCACACCUCCCAGCAACAGGAAACCACAUGCAGUGAGGUGGUGAAAGGUGACUCACUUCUCAUCGUUGGUUUGUAACUUUGCCUACAACUUACUGCAUGGAAGCACUUUAUCACAGACGGCUGCACCGAAGUGAACUGUACUGAAACUUAACCGUGUAAGGCUUUUAACAACGCUAUGAAACCUCAAAUUAAGGGUUUUUUUCGAGCUGAGAAUUUUACCACGUAUACAUGAACCUAUUAUGAUCUGGCAGUUUUAUAUGAUCUGUUUACACAUGGUAACUUUCCACAUGAUAUCAUCGUUAUAACAGGUAUAAAUAUUCUUUUUACACUUUAAAGAAUAAAAAGCCUUAACCAAUUAA